AAUGGAUGAGAAAUUGACGUACCAUCCAGCCUGGUCGCUGCCAGGCAAUGGCAAAUAGCAGAGGAAAACGGGAGCAAAUAAAUCCGAAACGUAAAUUCAUCCCGCGCGCCGUAUUUUUCCUUUCCCGCAUAAUAAAUCAAAAUAAUUGUUAAAGUGAUACGGUGGAAUACGUUCUUGCAUCAUCCCUAGUUUCGAACUCGUGUGCAAAAAGGCUUUGUACCAUACCCGACGUGGCCCUGCGUGCAUGUUUUGGCGACAAAAGUUCAUCGUGAUAAAUGCCUAAUCGUAAACCAGCUUAAGUGUUGCGCAACUUGUGUGCAUCUGUGCAGGAGGUGGCGUGUUGUGUUGCGUUUUCGGUAAAGUGCACUUGGAUGCAUCAUAGCGCUUUCCGGUACUCUUGCUGGUAACGGGAUACCAUUCCAGAGUUGGAUAAUGCCGUACGAAAGGAAACCGCUGCGGAAGUACUACGAAGGGGUGGCAAUAUCCAACGACGAACGGGGAGCUCUUGGUGACAGUUGUAGGGUGAUGAGAAAGUGACUCGGUAUGUGUUUGUAUACCGUAACGAAGGUGUAAAAGUGUAUUUAUAUCGCAUUAAAAAGUGUAAACAAAGUGUGCAUAGUUCGUGCGGAGGAAAAGAUACACAAAAGAUACAAAACCACGUAGCAUAAUAGUGGUUCACCAUGACGGCAUCCGCCGGUGUAGAAUCGUUAUCACCACCGGCAGAAGACCGAAUCAACCAUCUGCAACAGUACACCGGCGCGUCCACUCAAUCGCCACGGUCCAACAACACAUCACAGUUGGCACAGCGCAAACCGUUGUCGCAAAAUUCUUCACAGCAACUGUCACCGGGUGUUACACCCGCCGGCAGCUUUACACAACAGCAUCCUUCAUUGGGAGCAUCGACUACGAUGAAACCUCCACGACCCGCUUCAACACCGACGGCAGCGGGAGGAACUGGUGUUGGAGCUAGCACCGGUGGUGCAGGAUCUCGUGGCCCGAAACAGUCCGAUCGUAGCAAAGGUUCCACCACGACGCUUCCGUCCCGCGUAUCGCAAAUGUACUACAAACAUGGACUGUUUCUGUCCAGCUAUCCGACGACCGCAACUAGCUUCGCUCUUGCCAUCAUUAUAUUUUGCUGCUAUCCACUGCUAAACAUUCCCCUUCCGGGGACGAUUCCAACCAAAGUGAUAUUCCCGUACACGGAAAGCAUUAGCGAGAAUCUGCACCUGUCGAAUGCGAACCUGUCGAGUGAAUUCUACAAUCCGUUCAGCUUCUCCGGCGGUAAUAUGUUUAACAUCUACAACAUUAGCGUGGAAACACCGUUUGCCUGGGCGCGAAUAGAUCCGCUACUGUACGUACAGCAGAUCAUCAUGCGGACCAGCGUCGUACCGUGGGAAGAAGAUCUACUGUUAACCGAUGCGUUCCGUGGCCCGCUGUAUGAGGUGUUUAAGCUGGUGGAGAUUAUACGCAAUCAUGAGGAUCAGAGCAGCAAAACGACGCUUAGUCAUCUAUGUCUACAUGUGGAAAAUGUAAAGCGUUCCUCACAGCAGACAUUGUUUCCCGAGUACAACUGUUUGCUACUAUCGCCGGCCAACCUGUGGCAGCAGAAUAUUCAGAAUUUUAACAAGGAUAGCAAUUUAUUAAACACUGUGUAUGUUAAUCAUAAUCUCCAAAAAUCUAAAGUUUCAACCGCAGAAAUGUUAUUUGGCAUACCACUGCGUGACACUGGCGUUAAGCGAUACCCAAUGCGAGUACGACCACGCAUCAUUCAGUACGCAGUGACACUUAUUCUGCGGGAAAACAAUCCAGCAUUUAUUGACUCGUUGAAGGAAAAGCUUAUCAGAGCUUAUCCGCUCCAUCAAAAGGAACAUACCUCCGAUACGAAUGUACCUGCAGCCGAAGGACCGGCGGUCCACACACAGCAAUCGAUCAUGUACAUCUUCUAUCCGGGCGAAUUUAACUGGAAGGAGGUACUGCCCCAGUGUAUCGCCUUCUGCAUGUUAUUUAUUUACGUGUACUUUUCGGUGCGUAAAAUCGAAGCCAUCCGUUCGCGCAUCAUGCUAGCGUCCUGUGCCGUGCUGACCGUCCUUGGCAGUUUGCUAAUGUCGCUAGGUUUGUGUUUUUUCUUCGGGCUCACAAUAAGUUUCCAAUCGAAGGGAGUCUACCCGUACCUGGUCAUUCUGGUUGGACUGGAGAAUGUGCUCGUUAUUACGAAGAGCGUCCUGACGACGGAUAACAAUCUCGAUGUAAAGAUACGCGUCGCCCAGGGCCUAAGCCGGGAGGGCUGGUCAAUCACGAAGAAUUUGCUGACGGAAAUUACCAUCCUUACCGGUGGGCUUGCUACGUUUGUGCCGGUGAUACAGGAAUUCUGCAUCUUUGCCAUGGUGGGACUGGUGUCGGACUUUCUGCUACAGAUGCUGUUCUUCGCCACCGUGCUAGCGUUGGACAUUAAGCGUGUGGAGUACAGCGCGGAGGUUCGACGAUUACCGAAGAUGCUUUACUUUAACAGUGAUUUACGGCGUGGUGCAGGCACUGCCGGUCCAUCUGCCGGGUCGUCUCGCGAGACACGUAAUGGUGGUGGUUCAAUUAACCGAUCCCGAUCACACCCGAAGCUAACCGGACUGGAGCAAUCCGCGAGCCACCCAAAGAGUGGUACGGGCAAUGGCAAAGAUGUGAAAAUACCCAAACGGCUUCGAAUCGUAAACUUUUGGGCAAGAACGCGAUUUUUUCAGCGAGGUUUUAUGAUCUGGAUGGUGCUGUGGAUCUCGAACAUUAUCUAUAACGCGGGACUCAUAGAGGAAUUGUUUGUGAUCGAUAAAAACCUUACCGGGCAUGAUUUGUCAUCCAUGGAUGGGUCGUCUCGCUUUGAUGUUGGUAUGGGUGUGCACGAGCUGGGUGAUGCUAGUACGGAAUCAGCUGCUGCACGUCUCCACGAAAUGGACCGUUUAAGCGAACAGCACAAACUGCCCGAUACGGGCAUGCUCGGCGGCGGCGGUGGUGGUGGUGUUAGUGGGCCAAACGAAAAAGGUGGUGAACUCCGUGCGCUGAAUGCGUCCGAGCAGUUGCUACGGUUGAAACAUCCGGACUACGAAACGGUAUACCAGCUGUCAAACUUCCACUGGUCGUCGAUACUGAAGCAGUACAACGUAUCGCUCAGCGGACGGUAUGUGACCGUGCUGCCAGCAAUAAAAUUAUCACACGCGGUCAGUCCAGCGACGGCAAUACAGCUACGAAAUGUGGACGAAAAAGCACCACACCAUUUCCAAUGGAAAGCGCUAGCGGUAGCGCUGGAUCCGUUGGACUUCAGCGACGCUGAUACGGGCGAUGGAACGCACGUACCGAUUGGGAAUGCUCCGUUUUAUCCGAAGACGCCAAUGGAAAUACUGCUUACCUGUAUGCUGCUCGUCGUCAGUACAUUCGUGGUGACGUACACGAUGAUUGUGCUGUACCGGUGUAUCUGCACGCGGAACUAUGCCGAAUGGCGGGCCAGCUGGCAAGAGAGCGAUAGCGAAACGGAACCAAAGCCGGAACAGUGCCUGCUGGAAGGUGUUCCGGUUCAGGUGAACGGUCACGUGCAUCGUAUUGAGUGUCUCGUAACGGAUGGCAAUAUGAUUGCCAGUUCGUGCCUGCAGGGACAGGUAAAAGUGUGGGACGUAAGCAAUGGGGAACUGAUGGCCGAAAUUGAUCGGUUGCACUAUUUCGAGCUACAACAAACGCGUGGUAGCUCAUCAUCUCCCCAAUCGUUGCCCUCGCCAUCCACAUCCACAUCCGUUGCGGCGGCCGGUGUAAUGUUACGGAACGAUCAUGGUGAUUCGAUAACGGGCCUGCAAGAGGUUUUCCCCGCCGAUUCAAGCUCUCCUUUAUCGUGCUCUCCUCCCAGUGCGAACUUCGGAUCAUCGUUUAAGUUGAAGAAGAAAUUGCACUUUAAUUUCUCCAGCCUGGAUAAUUCGACCACAAGCUCACAAGGGUCCGAUUCGAAGCUGUUUGACUUUCAGGCACAGUAUGAGCGAUUUUUUACCACCGUUACCUCCUGUUCUCCAUCGCAUCCAGCUUCGGGUAGUGGAACCGACAUACGGAAUCGCUUUGCACCGAACGGUUCAUUAGCGGGUUGGGGCGAUGCUGGUGUUCCGCUGGAGGACCAAUCUUCCAACAGCCACUGGGUAGCGCGACCAACGACACUGUCCAACGAAUGUCCCCAACCGCCCGGGAGCCCGAAGCAAACGACCCAGCAGCAUCAUGUGUCCCCGAUAUGGUGUCUGGACUUUCUCGACAAUCUCAUUGUGAUUGGUUGUGCGGACGGACGGUUAGAGUUUUGGGAAGGUAGCAGUGGUAGUUUUAAGUGCAUCCACGAUGCGGAACAUUCACACAACAAUGGAGUGACCAACAUUAAGCUUACGGGUGAUCGCGUUAUAGCGGCUCGGUUAAGUGGUCGAAUCGAUUUCUUCCGUCUGGAAACUUACACACAGGGAAGACAGAUCGAUUGGGGCUUUACGUCGGCUUAUCGUAGAACUCACAUGCGUACCGGGUCGGCUGGUAGCAUAAGUUCGUUCCAGGCUGCUAUGGGUGGUGGAGGAGGAUCAGGGGCUCAUUCCGACUCGGAGGAGCUACGCUGUUUGUUGGAGUUUCAACAGCAGGGCCACCAACAGCCUGUAACCUGCCUAGAGGUGGUCGGCAAUACCGUGAUGACGGGGAGUCAAGAUCAUACACUGAAAGUGUACCGAGCAGACAGUCAUCUGAUGCUGUACACGCUACACGGCCACUGUGGGCCUAUUACCUGUCUGUUUAUUGACCAGUGGCAAUCGGGAAUGGCCGGUUCUGGUUCGCAGGAUGGAUUGUUGUGCGUAUGGGACUUGACGACCGGUGCAUGUAUGUACAAAAUUCAAGCACACGAUGAUUCGAUCGUUGCUCUCGUCGGUUCGCCCAGCUACGUAAUAUCGCUUGGGCUGGACGAACGGAUACGUGUAUGGGAUCGAUUCCAGGGACAUCCCCUGAACACCAUAACCGUCUCACAUGCUUACUCUGCACUGGUGAUGUUAACGCCGUCCCUUCUCGUAACCGGCAAACCAGGUGCCCUCGUUGUCUGGGAUGCUCGAAGUGGCGAGGUUGCUCGUGAGGUAAAACUCGAUUGCUCCAACAUGCAACUCUGUCCAAAGAUCAUGCUACCGGCGUGCGGAUCGGUAAUAUGCGACUAUGGCAAUCAGAUGCGCAUCGUACGGUUUCCGCUAGUUGCUGCCGACAAAUGUGACUAAAGUGCGUGUGUAGGGGUGUAGCGAACGCAAAGCACUUUUUAAGACUUUUUAUUAUGUAUGAUUUUAUCUUCGAUCUUUGAUCCGAGGUGUUGUCCAAGGGUAAAGAAACCAUAUUUGUGUUUUGUAUGCGAUUUACUAUGCGCCCAGUUGGGAGUGUGCGGCUCUCUAAACGCUUAUGUUCCUUUCCAAACAUGCUGUCCCAGCCAUUUUUUAUUACAUUUCCCUUUAUGUACGCAACAAUCCCUGUUUCCACGUGUACAGUUACUUUCUCUCACAGAAUAAGUGCGCUAGGUAGCAACUAGUCGAUUGGAUGAUUUCGGUUUGUUUAUUGUUGAAUAAGGCAGUCUGCUUCCUUUUUGUUUGCUUUCGUGUGACCGUUUAGCAGCAUGAGUUGCGUACCGUGUAACACGUUCGACAUUUUUGUACGUUUAACGCCCAUUUAUGAAUUGUUUACAAAUUAUUGCAGCUCAAACUACACGCUUUAAAUAUUGUGUAAAACGUUUUCGAUUACCUAGGUGGUUUAUGUUAUUUAAGUUUAGGUAGAUAAGUUAGUCCCAUAAGUUAUGUUUUAGCACAAUGACUCACAAGCAUACAGCUACACAUUAGCAAUAUAAAAAAUCAACACAAACAGAUACAACAAUAACAUAACACUACAGUUGAUGGGCUUACAAGAGGCUGAAAGGCACAAGGACCGCAGCAAACCAAACAAAUUAUAUUCAUUGUAACGUGAGCGUGAUAAGGAAAGAUGCCUUUUUGUCUGAUGGUCCGUUUGGCCGUACAUUUCCACCCUGUUUGUGUGUGUGUGUACGGAAAAAUGUUCAAUUACAAGCGAGAUAUAGCAUAUGCAAACCCGUUUAGUGAUAGCAUGCUCAAAGCACCUAAUUUAUGUGUGAGAAUGAAUGAAUGUGUAAACAGUGUACGAGAACAGUUUUGAAACUUUGAUGAAAGGAUACGAUAAAAGCAAUAACCGGGUCGGUUAUACCAGGAUAUUUAAUGGUAAAGCAAAACAAUUCAAUGUGCGAAACGCGAAUGCCCGUUUGAACAUAGCAACAACAAAAACACACGAGAAUACGCGAUACAAAUGAGAGAUUAGCACUAUUUUCAUUAAAUUAUUAAACCACCUCAUGCUAAGUAAUGUAUUAUUGGACAGUGGACUGGUAUGAACAAUGCUAUCAUGAGUGCGAUGAGUUGUACGUAGUAAGGCUUACAAACGAACAGACAAACUAAACGAAACUGUUAACACGAAAAGACCAAACAAAUGCGAGAAUUAAAACAAAGAAAAAUGCUAUGAUAAGAACAUUUUGCGUAAACGCGCCUAAUAAAGAAAAAUCAACUUAUUGUGCUUUUUUGAACAAAA